AUGAUGCACAAUCACGAGAAAAUGGACGAAGAGAAGACCUUUGAAGUGAUUCAAGAAGACCGUCCUCGACAACAAACAUCGUUUGCACCAGUGUCUCCUAGUUUGGUGAAGCGAGGGCUGACCGAAGUAUCUGCCAUGUUUGACCGCAAUGGAAAGGGAUACCUGGAUGAAACAGAGCGUGCGUUGCGCCGAAUGGACUCACAAGACAAAGGCUACUUGGGGAUCGACAAGGUCUGCGUCAUCUUUGAAUCAUUGCAGUCUGAACAAGAGCGCUCCUCACAGUUGCUUGAAGCCCUUCGAACGGAGAGCAAAAAGUCGUUGAACCUCAAGAUGGGAGUCAUCGCUUUGACCGUCUUCUCCGUCUUGCUCGCCUUGGCCAACAUUGGAACCUCCUUUGCCGUCGCCACUCUUGUCAAGGACAUGAAGGUCGACACCUCGGGUGACCUCCUCACCAAGGACUCCAACGUGCGCGUUGGUACAACCGCCAAAGUGGUUUCAUUCGAAAUCGACGCAAUCGAUGAUACACGAAGACGUCGACUGCAAACGGCCGCUGGUUUGGUUUGCAACACCAUGGUCGACACAGAUCCUGUGACAGGUCUCACGGACAAGUCCUGUCAGCUUCAAGGGACUAUCAAGAACACCGUUGCCGAUUCUCUUCACGGUGAACUCAAGGUUGUCGACCAUGUCCAACUAACUUGUAAUUCAAAGAGGAGCCAACUGUUUGGAACUUACAAGCUCCCAGCUGGUAACCCCGGUGAUUUCGAUAUGGGUGGAGUCCCAUAUGUUAUCUACCCUACAAGCGUCACUCCAGAUGACAAGUACCAAGCAAUCCAGAGCGUCCUUGUACCCCAUCAGCCUGCUGUGCCUGCCACUCCUGCCCAGAACGGCUUCCCAGCCAUCCCUGCACAGGCUGCUGUCCCCGAACACAACUGCGACGCCUACUUCUCACUGGCCUUCUAUUGCAUGAAGGACCUUGUCAAUGGCGUGGAACCGGAUUGUUUGGUCAUGUCAGCCUUUCAGCCUACUGAAGCUUGCAAGACUUCACCUGUUGUCUGCGGGCCUCCUCCAGCAACCAACAAUGGAGUCAUCUCAACCUAA